ACGUAAUUCCCAGGAAAUCGAAAGUUAUCUGCGACUCCUCUCCUGUCGUAGACAUAUUGGACAUUGAGCUCAUAAGGGCCACAGUUUGGAGAUUUCUGACAUGUUGCUUAAGUUUAGCCUAGUCACUCGGUAUACAUUUGGGAUUGUGUUCUAAGAUUUCCAAAUGUCUGAGUUUCUUUAUGAAUUAUGAACUAAUAUAGGCUCUACCUCAUUCAGAAGGGCUACAGGGCAUGCGGAUUUCUCCUCAGUCUGGACCCAAUCAGGCUACCGAAAAGCGCAUAAAGUGACCGAUGUCAUCAGUACUCCUCCCACAAGUCUCGGGACCGACAGCGCACUGGAAAGGUUCCAACCAACUCAAUGCACCAAGUACACAUGUCGAUCAGGAGCUCUCACGGGGCAGUCCCGUUACUUUCUGUAGCCUGCCACUGCCAGCAUGUCACUGUUUGAGACUGAAGGACCCCUCGUGCUGGACCUGAGCUGCCCUAUCUGCCUGCAACUCUUCUCCGACCCUGUGUCCCUGCCCUGCGGCCACGUCUACUGCUCAGCCUGCCUUGAGAAGUACAUGGACACUGACACGGCCCACCACUGCUGUCCCGAAUGCCAGGUUGAGUACCAGGGCCUCCAGGCCCUCGUGAAGAACUUCAAGAUGUGCAGCAUCAUCGAGAGCUAUAAAGCCACCACAACAGGAAAGGUCCGAUCUGUCACAGAUGGAGAUGGUGGUGAUUUCCACCAGGGGGUAUUGUCACCUAACCAGAGAAAUGAUGGUAAGACCUCUGAAUGUCUAUUAGACAUAGAGCAACAAGAGUUACAACACACAGGCUUGGGAGAUGCAGCUGCAGCGCCCCCUACUUUUCUGAAAAACCAACCGACCAAGAUGGAGAAGGCUAAACUUCUAUUAGCGUCUCAGGUAACGGAGUUGACGGUGAGGCUGCAGCUAGCUGAGGACCAGCUGAGGAGGGAGGAGGAGAGGGAGGUUGAGGUCCGGGCCGCUAAUGCCCUUCUGAGAGGAAAGGCAGCCAAGCUGCUGGAGCAGAUGACUGAGCUGACGAUCAACUACGUUACUGGGAUGACAGAGUUGAUUGAAGAGGAACUGCGCCCCACCGAGGAGAGCCUAGGCAGCCGAGUACACCAAGUCUCCGAGAUCCGAGUGAAGUUGAGGGAUGCCCAGCUCCGAGCCAAAUCCCUCCUGACCGAGGAAGACAGUGGGGUGUUCAGUGAGGGGCUUCAGGAGGCACAACCGCACAUCAUGGAGCUGAUGGCCCAGCAACCUCUAGAGGAGCUGGACCACGACAACACCAGUCCUGAGUCGAAAGUUAACCCAGGCCGCGCUUGCGACGAGCUGGAACGGAGGAGCGCAGAGUUGAGGGAGGGACUCGGGACGGCCCAGCGUUCCCUACGCAAUGUCCUCAACCCCUCAGAGGUGACCUUUGACCUAGACACUGCCCACCCCAGCUUGGUGCUGUCGGAGGACCUGAAGACGGUGACCUUCAGCACCAAAAAGCAGCCCUACCCGGCCCUGCCAACAAGGUUUAGCAACUUCCUCCAGGUGCUGAGCACCCAGAGCUUCUACGGAGGCGAGCAUCGCUGGGAGGUGGAGCUGGACGGAUCUUCUCCCUGGAUCAUAGGGGUGUGCUACAGCGGGGCGCUAGCACGCAGCGGGCUAGCGAGUGCCCUAGAGAGUAGCCGUGGCUCCUGGUGCCUGAUGUGGUUCAAUAACCUGCUCAGGUCCUUUGAGCAGGGCCAUGAUGUCCCAUUGAAGAGAACCCCGGCAGUACAUAGACUGGAGAUCACGCUGAGUUUUAAGACUCAGAGGUUGAGCUUCUAUAACGUCAGCCAGUGCAGUGGGAAGACUCACGUGUACACCUUUAAGGCGAACCUCACAGAGCCGGUGCAUCUGGCUUAUAGGAUGAUGUCAGGCCAACCGAAGGCACGCAUAACCGUAUGCUCUUGAACGGUCAUUGGUACAAAAGAGAACCUAGCAAGAUUACAUACUUUUGUUUUUAUUAAUCCUGUAUUAAUACCAAACAUUUCUUGUUUACAUUUAAUGUUGUUCAUGGUUGUAGAGACAUAGUUGUUUUGGUCUGUUACUAGCGGUAGGGGAGAGUGGAGUAAGUUGAGCCACCCCUUUUUUCUAGGAAACCAUACACAAAAUGUAUAAUAGAUUAUCAUUUAAUGGAGUCUAUAAACCACAUGGAAAACCACAUGGAUAAAGUAGUAAGCAAGCUGGUCAAAAAAUGUUUUCACAAAGUCAAAUUAAUAUUUUGUCUUAUAGGUUUCAUGAUUCUUGUAUCUAAACCAGAUAGUUUUAAGAUUUGUUUUAUAAAUCAGUUUGGUUCUCUUUAUGCUGCUGUUAAGGGACUAUUUAUCAAUUAUGACUAAUUAUGUAUACAUUUCAAUCAGGACUGACUAAUCAGAAUACUAUUAUGUUACUGUAUAUGUAUGAAUUUUCUUUUUAAUCCUAGUACUGAAUAUAAUGUGUGUAAAUAUAAUCAAGAAUUAGAACAAUGACUGUCUGUUCCUUGGUAGAAAUGAAUGAACUAUAUCGCCCUACUGGCUAGAAUGCUUAUCUACACUGGCUGACCUUGGCUCUAGGCGAGGUGGGAAGGCUUGAACUAUAGAGCCUUUCUACCAGUGUCAAGAAAAGAUGGAACAUUUAGAAAACGCUGACGUCAUUUUAUAACCUGUGGUAAAAAGCUGCUGGUUGACUUUAAGACUGGGCUCUAUCAAUUUUAUACAAAUAAGGGUCAUACAAAUCCUUAUGAAUUGACAGAGUGUUUGAUUUUAAUUGGGUAUUAAAACAGAGGAAUUUAAUUCCUGCAACAGCUGCAUGGAAUAAACCCAGCAUGAAAGUGCAUCCUUGUAGCUGUGUGGGCUAAUAUGGUCAAAAUGUUUGUAAGUUGAGCCAAUGACCACCAUACCCCAUCCAAAUGGUGAUUACAGUGUCCGGUUUCUGAAUAAUAUGUAUAUUAUUUUUGCAAUGUGUCAUCCAUAUGGAAUCAAGAUGGUGCAUUUUUAUUGUUGCAGAUAUCAUCAUACCCCGUGUAUACAAGUGUAAAACAAGCAGGGGUCUUGCCCCCCUUGAGGUUUUUAAGAGCGCAGCCAAGGAAGGGAAGUUCAUUUGAGCAGCAGCAAGAGAUGGAAAACAUGUACAGAAUUGCACGAGGAGGUACAUCCACAAAAAAAGAAAACAAAUAUUUAUCUGUGCGAAAGAGGCACACAACACAAUUGAUCUGAUAACAUGGAGUCCGAGCUUGUUUAACACGUUAAGAAUCUCGCACACCAGUUUCUUGGGUUUAAUAGCUUCAAAUGCAGAGAACUUCCCCACAAAUUGGCACAUCGAAACUACAUCCCUGUCCCAGAUAAGAAAUGGAAGGGUAUAUCUGAAUGUAGACAUACAUUUAAGAUAUACAAUGUACCCAGAGCCCCACUUUUUGUUUUUUGUUGCCUAUUUUGCAUGUUAUUUUGGCAUUGAUACGUGUCACAUCAGUUUGCAAACAAUGUAAAAAAAAACAUAAUUGAGUUAGUAAAGCUGCAUACAAA